UGCUGCACAGCACUAUGGUAGAAUCUGUGGGGAGUGAUUUUGCCUUUUGUUUAUGCUAUUCAGUAUAGCUUGAUCUUUUAAAAAUAAAUAUGAUGAUUUAUAUGAAACAAUAAACUCAUUAUCCCAAAAUUAAAUAAAUAAGCCAAUGAACAAAGAGCUAUGUUCUCUCUCCUGGGAUGUUGAGACACUAGCUGGGAGGCUCUGGAUAGGAACCAAUAAUAACAGAAUGGAGAAUAGAUGUGCUGAGCCCUUAGGGACCAUGUGGUCUAGCCCACCUGUUUUACAGAUGGGGAAACCCCUAAAGGUCCCUUUUCAGUCCAAGGUCACGGAGACUCGAGUCUGCAGUAGAUGAGGCUGGGGACUGCAUUCCGGAUGCUACAGAAGCACCGUCUUAGGGGACUUGCUCAAUAGCUAUGAAGAGCCCAUCCAAGGCCAGUGCACAGCCUCCAGGUAAGAAGUCCAGUUCUUCCAGCCCACACCCCUUGCCCAGGGUGCUUCCUAUUCCAAGUAAUGAAAAGCGAGUACUUCCCUCAGCCCUGGGGAAGAGGACCCCUUCUCCUUCAGCUGCAGAUAUAAGUUCCCGCCUCCCAGCCUCAGCCCAGAGCAAGCAGCUACUCACACCAUGAAGCUCAGCCGCCUCCUUGCCCUUUGCCUCGCCCUCUGCCUGGUGGGCUUGGCCAGCUCAAGAAAGACCUCAGCCAAUCUUCAGCAAGAGGCUUCCCAGGAGUUGUUCCAAACUCCCCCUGCCCUCUGCCAGCUUCCCCCAGUGAGGGGCCCUUGCAAAGCCUCUUUGCACCGAUACUUCUACAACUCUACGUCCAUUGAGUGUGAGCCCUUUACCUAUGGUGGUUGUCAGGGCAAUGCCAACAAUUUUGAGACCACAGAGACCUGUUUGAAGGUCUGCAAACUCCCUGGUGAGUCCUCUGAUGGAAACAGGAGGAGUAAUGGAGGUGACAGCAUGCUGGGCAUGUGAAGGGAGGUGGUGUUGGUGAGAAUGCUGGCAGUGAUUCAGAUGAUCAUGUAAAUAUGGAAGUUGGUGAUGAUGAGAAUAAUGGGAAUAAGAUGGGUCACCGUGGGCUGCUGAGGGUGGUAAUGAGGUGUAGACAGUAAGGCUGCGGUGGAUGGUGGCAUGGAUAGUAAAGAUGAAAGGAAGCUUGGUUAUUGCAGUAAGCCCUUUUAAAAUACAUGGUGGGGCUGGUAAAGGUGAAAACGGCAAUGUAACCUUCACACGGGUGAUCCUGUUGACAGAGGUGAUGAACGUGAUUGUAGCACUGAUCACGGUGGGAGGUGACAGAAGUGAGGAGGCCCCCAGGUUGGUGGGUGUUGAAGGGGUUGGGUAAGGAGUCUAGCUUGAUGGCUCUGGCUCUAGGCCGCCAACAGGCCAGCCAAAUAGGGAGCUGGCUGUCAUCUCCAUUACAGAGAGCAAGGUCAAGAGCAGCUGAAGGUGAUAUCUGCAUGUUCCCAGGCCUUGACCGAAAGCUGGCUCGGCUGCCAUUCCUACGCAGAGGCCCUGU